UAUUGUGCAGAAAUGUUUCAAAGGGUGGUCGAGAUGACUAGUAGUUUUAUAAUCGAAUUUAGUGGAAUUUCAUCCGAAGAAUGGUGACAACACAACAUGAGUUCCAAUCAUUGGUUAUUGAUGCUUACCUUCUUUUAUUUGUUUCAAUUUUCUUCGCCUACGUUACAUGACCUACACGAUGUUAUAAACUUUGCCAAUGGGGACUUUAAGAAUUUUAAAUAUUUUAAAAAUCUACCAACUGAAAAUCCAAAAACAGCGUCAUCAGCUAAUCAUUUCUUGGAACAUUUUCAGAAGAAAAAGGCUAUACUGGACUAUUUUGAAAAUUUAUUCUUUGGUAAUUCUCCGUUCAUACCGGAAAGUGAAAUUCCCUUUGAUCCUCAUUUCGGGAGAAAUUGGUGUCCAUAUCAUACAAAACGUUAUGGUUGGCGAGGCUAUCGUUUGAUAGACGCUUUAGGUCGAGGUGGUUUCAGUGUUAGCAAUUAUCUGCAUUGAAUUCUUUUCCUAAAUGAUCUAUACA